GCGCUCCCCGCCUGGCCACCCUAAAAGCCGCGGGCCGGCCGGGGGCGAGGCCGCGGGCGCGCGGCUGCCCAACGCAGCCCAGAGGGCCAACACCGCCAAGCUCGCCGUCGCCCCGCCCCAAGACUACAUUUCCCAGCAAGCCCCGGGCCGCCCGCGCGCCGCAGUUGACCCAUUUCCCGGCCCGUCCCGGGUUCGGCCGGCCCCCGCGCCGAGGCGGCAGCUCCCUGCUGACUGGGGUGUGGGCGGGGAGCGGCGGAGGGAGGAGGAGGCGCUGCUGGCUGCCGCCGUUGCCUCGGCUGCUGGGCGCUGGGCAGCUCACCGGGCUUCUGCGGCCGCCAUGGACGAGCAGGCUGGUCCCGGCGUUUUCUUCAGCAACAACCACCCGGGAGCUGGCGGUGCCAAGGGUCUCGGGCCUUUGGCGGAGACGGCCGGCGACGGGGCGGCUGCGGCGGGGGCGGCCCGAGCCCAGUACAGCCUCCCGGGGAUCCUGCACUUCCUGCAGCACGAGUGGGCCCGCUUCGAGGUGGAGAGAGCACAGUGGGAGGUGGAGCGGGCGGAGCUGCAGGCUCAGAUUGCCUUUCUUCAGGGGGAAAGGAAAGGUCAAGAAAAUUUGAAGAAGGAUCUUGUGAGGAGGAUCAAAAUGCUGGAGUAUGCUCUUAAACAGGAAAGAGCCAAAUACCACAAGUUGAAAUAUGGGACAGAAUUGAAUCAGGGAGAUAUGAAGCCUCCAAGCUAUGAUUCUGAUGAAGGUAAUGAAACAGAGGUCCAGCCACAACAAAACAGCCAGUUAAUGUGGAAACAAGGUCGACAACUACUCAGACAGUAUCUGCAGGAGGUGGGCUACACAGAUACUAUUCUAGAUGUGAAGUCUAAACGAGUGCGAGCUUUGUUGGGCUUUUCAAGUGAUGUCACUGACAGGGAAGACGACAAAAAUCAGGACUCAGUUAUAAAUGGCACAGAGGGCGAAAUUAAAGACGCGGCAAUGAUUGGGAAAUCCGAGUUAACGGAUCCUGCCUCUGUGCUGGAUAAUUUCAAAUUCCCUGAAAAUGCAACUGCAGAUUUCAGUGAUGAAGACGAAGAUGAUGACAUUGAUGGACGAGAGAAAAGCAUCAUUGAUACUUCAACAAUUGUUAGGAAAAAAGCAUUGCCUGAUAGCAGUGAAGAUCGAGAUACAGAAGAAGCUCUAAAGGAAUUUGACUUCUUGGUUACGUCGGAGGAAGGCGACAGUGAAUCUAGAAGUGCAGGCGAUGGAACAGACUGGGAAAAGGAAGACCAGUGUCUCAUGCCUGAAGCUUGGAAUGUGGACCAGGGAGUAAUUACCAAACUCAAGGAACAAUACAAAAAGGAGAGAAAGGGGAAAAAGGGGGUGAAGAGAAAAACUACCGAAGAUCUGUUUCAGCCUCUAUCCUAUAUAAAACAGUCAAAACAGGGAUGUGAGAGAAUGAAGGAUCAAACUUCUGGACCCAACAGGUCAAAACUACAAGAUAUGCUCGCUAAUUUAAGAGAUGUUGAUGAGCUUCCCUCAUUGCAACCAUCUGUGGGUUCACCUUCCAGACCUAGCAGCUCCAGGCUUCCUGAACAUGAAAUAAAUAGGGCAGACGAAGUGGAAGCACUCACAUUUCCUCCUUCUUCUGGGAAGUCAUUCAUUAUGGGAGCAGAUGAAGCUCUUGAAAAUGAACUGGGACUUGGAGAAUUGGCAGGCCUUACAGUUGCCAAUGAAGCAGAUACACUAACUUAUGAUAUAGCAAAUAAUAAAGAUGCGUUGAGGAAGACUUGGAACCCUAAGUUUACACUAAGAAGUCACUUCGACGGCGUUCGAGCCCUUGCUUUCCACCCCGUAGAGCCUGUUUUGAUAACAGCAUCGGAGGAUCACACACUGAAAAUGUGGAAUUUACAGAAAACGGCCCCGGCCAAAAAGAGCACCUCUCUUGACGUGGAGCCAAUUUAUACGUUCAGGGCUCAUAAAGGUCCGGUGCUCUGUGUGGUGAUGAGCAGCAACGGUGAGCAGUGUUACAGCGGUGGGAGCGACGGGCUGAUCCAGGGCUGGAACACCACGAACCCCAACAUCGAUCCCUAUGACUCCUAUGACCCUUCUGUUUUGAGAGGCCCUCUGCUCGGCCACACGGAUGCAGUCUGGGGCCUGGCUUACAGUGCAGCUCACCAGCGCUUGCUGUCCUGCUCAGCAGAUGGCACUCUCCGUCUGUGGGACACGGCUGAGGCGGCGCCGGCCUUAAGUGUAUUUAAUGAUAAUCAAGAAUUGGGAAUCCCUGCCUCUGUGGAUCUAGUGAGCAGUGACCCGAGCCAUAUGGUAGCAUCCUUCAGCAAAGGAUAUACAAGCAUCUUCAACAUGGAAACACAACAACGCAUUCUUACUUUAGAAUCCAAUGUAGAUACGACCACCAACUCUUCCUGCCAAAUAAAUAGAGUCAUCAGCCAUCCCACUCUUCCCAUCAGCAUCACUGCUCAUGAAGACAGGCACAUCAAAUUCUAUGAUAACAAUACAGGCAAACUGAUCCACUCGAUGGUAGCCCACCUAGAAGCUGUUACAAGUUUAGCAGUUGAUCCUAAUGGCCUGUACUUGAUGUCUGGCAGUCAUGACUGUUCAAUACGUUUAUGGAACCUAGAAAGUAAGACAUGUAUCCAAGAGUUCACAGCUCAUCGGAAAAAGUUUGAAGAAUCAAUUCAUGAUGUAGCUUUCCACCCAUCCAAAUGCUAUAUAGCCAGUGCUGGAGCUGAUGCACUGGCUAAAGUCUUUGUAUGACAGAAUGUGUCCUUUUCACCUUCUAGCUCUUUAUAAAUAAUCGACUGCACAAAAGAGAUACAAGAGACCAGGGCAAGAAUCAACUCCUUUUGCCCUUUUGUUCUGCCGAAGGAGCACAGAGAACAUUUGUUAAAGUAUAGUUUUGCAAUUCGUAUACUGUUUUCUAAAACUAAGGUUUGUUCAGUUUGCUGCAAGCUCAGCUGAAUCUGUGAGCCUGAAACUGUUUCAAAUUUUUCCCAAAGUAGGGAUUUUUAUUUCUAAAGUUGUUCUAAUUCGCUAGGCAGGCCUGAGCGAACAUAGGUUUAGCUUGUCCCCUAUUGUGUAAAUGGGGCACAGUAUAAAGGAUAAUUAAAAAGCUUGAUGGCUGGGAAUGAGUAGAGGAAAAGCUGAAAUUUAGCCCUAGUUCUCCCUUGAGAAAUCUUGUUAAACACAUUAGGUAGUCAAAACAUUAAUCUUUACCGUAUCUGCUGAACUAAUCUCUAUAUGCAUAAUGACCAGGCAGUGUUCAAAUGAGUUUUCAAUUUAGCUCUCCUUUCAGCUGGUCACAUAAAGCACCUGGCAAAGCAUUUGACCUAUUAGGGGGAAAAAAGAAAUGCAAUAAUAUGUUAAAUAUAUUAUUAUUCAGAAAUGCUAAACAUUCAGUUUGUAAGCAGAUAUCUAUAUUGUAUUACAUUUUUGAAAGUGGAUUUGGUACCAUUCUAAAGUUUAACUGUCAGAAACACUCAACAUUAUGAAGAAUAGUUGAUAGACUCUGCUUUUACUAAAGGAUUUAACUUCAUUCAGGUGUAAGAUUCUGUUUAUUUUUAAGGGCAAGCAGGGCAUAUCUUUAUAAUAAUUUCUAUUAACUUUAAAAUUCACUUUAUUCAUAUGAUAUUUAUAGUAGCAGAGUGAUUAUUUCAUAUUGAUAAAAUCUUAACUUUUCAGUGGUUGAAGAGAUUGUAGUUAUUUGCAAGUACUCAUUCCUCAAAACCCACAUAACCACAUUUAGGAUGCUCUCUGCUCUUUCCUUUUGUCUCUCAUAGUCAGAUUAUCUGAUACCUACCAAAAAGUAGCUCAUAAUUAUGUUUUAACAGUGCAGGGGGUAUGGCUAAUCUCAGUCAGCUGCUUUUGCAAACAUACUAAGCAAAGCAAAUGUUUUAUACUCCAGAAGUCCUCUAUUAGCAUCCCCAGUAAGAAGAACCUCUUGAGAACCUCUUGAAAAGCUGGAUGGAAGAGUUCAGUGUAUAAUAUUGCAUAAAUAGUUUUUUCUCUCCUUUCCUCUCCCUAUCCCUCAUCCAUUGUUUAAUUUAAAACACGGCAUGUUUUCAUGGGCAGUGAAUCAGUGUCGUUUCUGGGGAAAACCAUAUCAUAAAGGACCAGGGUUCCCUGAGUUCCUUGCCUCUGGCCAACGGGUGUUCUGUCAGCUCUUGGAAUGCUCAUGACCCUGCUCUCUGACCCUGGGGCACAGACUUUGUCCCUGCAACUCUCCCCUCUCCUUGCACCCUCUUGUUUGCUCAGAAUGUCAGAGACCGAUCUAGAACCUGGAAAUAAAUUACUAAUGUCCAACUUUUCAGCAAAAUGUAUAUAAAUUAGACUUCAGACUUUUAAAGAAAUUCAUGUCCAUAAAUAUUUUAAUUUUUUAGUACAAUUCCUACAUUCCUACCCCAACAUAGUCCAUUGUCAUAGCAAUUGCACUUCUAAUGAUAUGUACUCCUUGAAGAAUUAUUCUGGUAUUGAUGUGGAUGAUAAUUGACCCUUUUUCUUUAAAAUUUCUGCUUGUCUGCUUCUAGAAUUUUUUAAUAUACAGGCAAGUUUUCUUGAAAAUGAAGGACCUGUGCUAAAUUUGCUUGGUUGUUAUACAAAUAUGCUUUAAUUUUUGACACAGAUACCUUGUCCUUUCAUCUGUGCUUUGGUUAACCCUGGGCUCAAGGGACUCUUUUAUAUAAUCAAAUAAAUUGACCUGGACAUGAGCUACCACAUCGUAGCUGAGCUACGUACAAGUGAAUGUUUAUAUUCCCAGGCAGAUAUGGAAUUCCACAUUGUGAUUGGUGAAUUCCUCCUCUGGUUCUUUACAGAGUAAAGUAAUGGUGUUGCUAGCCUAACAUUUGUAGAAGGAUACUGGAAAAUUCUAGCCAGGUGCCCACCCUUGGCAUAUUUAUAAUGGACAACUGCAAAGCUAUUGUUCUACCAGUUAUUGCUUUAAUUACCUCCCAAGGUAAUUGAAGGUCUUCAGUUACCAUCUUUAUUUAUGUCACUGAAAUUCUCAAAGCCAAGACUUUCUCUUCACCUACAUUUUAUACCUCACGGUUGAAAUUUUUCUGUUAGUGAGUGAAAAAUAACCAUGAGAUACAUAGACCAUAGUGCAAAUGAGGGAACUGUUGAAGGUUCCUUAGGAAGCCAGUGCUGUGCCUCUGGAGACUGUACAUAGAAACAGAGAUUCCUCUGUACUAGCGCUGUGUGAUACCAGCCUAGCAAUGAGCCAAAGCUGCCUUCCAGUCUGAUAGAAGCAUAUACACAUGUCUGAUUUUUCCCUCAGCCUGUUGAAAAGGUGAACAAAAUUUGCAAAAUGGGAAAAAAAAAACAAAACAUGAUUUGAACAGUCAUUGAAAUGCUUUCA